GCUGUGUGCGAAAUCAAUUGGCCUGGGAGAUGUGGUACGUGAUGUCAUUAAAAUAAUAAACUGUAUUCGCUCCAAGGCACUCUCACACCGCCAGUUCAGAAGCCUUUUAGAAGAGAUUGAUGCACAGUAUCAAGAUCUCCUUUACCAUCAAGAGGUCAGGUGGCUGAUCCGAGGGAAGGUGCUGAAAAGAUUUGCGGGAUGCUAUUUUUGACUUUCUGAAGAGCAAGGACAGUGAGACUCAAGUGCCCUCAGAUGAAAAAUGGAUUUGUGACGUGGCUUUUAUGGUGGACAUCACUGACCAGCUCAACACCCUGAAUGUGCAGCUUCAAGGAAAGGAGCUAAUUAUUACGGAGAUGUUUGACCACAUAAAGGCCUUUCAGAGAAAACUGCAGCUACUGUGUCGACAUCUGUCAGCAGGAAACCUGGCUCACUUCCCCAGUCUGAGAGAGGUAAACCUGGUACAACAGAAACUGUCUGAAUAUGCAACACUUGUCAGCAACCUAGACCUGGAGUUUGAAAUGCGCUUUCAGGACUUCAGGAAGAAUUCAGGUGACAUGGAGCUGUUUUCCCAACCCUUCAGCACAAGUGUGGACUGUGUCCCUGAUCACAUUCAGAUGGAGCUGAUUGAGUUUCAGUGCAAUUCAGAGCUGAGGAAUAAAUUAAUGUCACUGAAACUGAAGGACUUCUACACACAUAUCUCACCAGAACGGUACCCAAACAUUAGGAAGCAUGCACAGGUGAUGUUAUCUCUGUUUGGCAGCACCUAUAUUUGUGAACAGACUUUCAGUGUAAUGAACCUUAACAAAACCAGGCUCAGAAGCACUCUGACUGAUCUACACCUGCAGGACGUUCUCACCCUCUCAGUUAGUCAGCUUCAGCCUGACAUUGAGAGGCUGGUCAAAGCCAAAGACCAGCUUCAUGUGUCUCACUAAUAGUGUCAAACUGCUGCUGUUUGCUGUCAGUAUGGACAUGCAUAUGGACAUAAUUCGUGGCUAAAUAAAGA